AAAGUUGAAAUUUGAAUCGGAAUCAAUGAAUCAUGAUAAUAUCGAAGAAUUAAGGAAACUCCAUAAACAAAAUAUCAGACAGCCGAUAACAGCUUCUCAUCGAGCUAAGUAAUUGUAAAGACCAGUUUCAUCGAACGUUGUGUUGAGUAAUCUGGAAUAGUCAGUUAAUAUUUAAAAUCUGUCUUAAUAAGAGUUCUAAAUAUAUAUAUAAAAAAAAAAGUAUUGGUAUAUUUCAAUACGGUACUUCAUUAUUGUAGAAGGUAUACACAAUGCAAUAGAAAGAGUUGAUAUCACACAGUCAAAAUAAUUAUGGAAAAUAGCAGGAAAAUAUGCAGUUCCAAAAUAUAUCCUCGUAUUUGGUACUGCCAUUUUCCUCUAUGUGUGUCCUCGUAUUUGGUACUACUACACCCCCCCCCUCUCUCUCUCCCCCCCCCUCUCUCUCUCUCUCUGAAAUACACAUAUACUCCAUGGGGAUCCUGGUUAGAAUAGGUCUUCAGUACCCCUUGCUUGUCAUAAGAGGCAACGAUCCUUCGAAUGAGACCGCGCAAAAACAUAGGCCUCUGUCACAGCUGGUGUGGCAAGAUAAAGAUCCCUUCCUGCUCAAAUGCCGUAAGCGCCGAACAUAUAGGUCCAAAUUUUGCAGCCCUUCACCGGCAACUGUGACGUUACCAUAUGAGUUAAAAUUCUCGACAGGGACAUUAAACAAAGUUAUGUAUGUAAAUAAAAUUUUGAAGAACAGGUAUGUAUAAUUUCUAAUAGAAGUGAAUAAGAAGAAUGUAAGGUAGGAUUUUGAAGAUCGGGCGUUUAUUAAUUUUUUUUGUUCGUUCAAUAUUUUAUGACAAGCAACUUUCUAACACACACACACACACACACACACACACACACACACACACACACACACACACACACCUAAAAACGAUGUUACGUGUGGGAAGAAUGGUAUCUUGCACUAAGAUCUGGGUUCCUAUAUCUUUUCAAGUUAAAGAUAAGGUCACUGAAAAGAAAAUUCCAAAAUUCCUUGUUCAAAUGCAAAACUUUGAGUGUAUUUAAUAUCAUAUUUCAGUUACAAACUUAGGCUGUCUUGUAGAUUUAGAGAUAUGUAGGAUUAAAUACAGCGUGUUGCGAAUGAGCUCCACUUAACUUACAAACUGUAACAUUUCCUUCCUGGUCAAUCAAGUUGAACUUGACCUUGGAGAUUUCACUAGGAGUGAAGGUCAGUACAGAUUUCUGAGUAAAGACAAUGAGUUUGGGAAUUCUAACAUGAAUUAGGCAAAUAAGACAAAAAAAAAACCUUGAUUUUAGAAUGACAUUUGAUCUGACGGAAGCAGGAAUUUAGACUCUUGAUGAAUAUCAAUCUGGUGUAAGAAGAACCACGUAUCAAGAAUGACCUUGACGGUUCAACUUUUUGUCAAGGUAACCAAACACUGAUCGGUCUGUAGCAAUAAUUGCGAAUAUUCGUCCACGGUGAGAUUAGAUAUAACGCCCUCUGAUUAUGAUAUAUUUAGUCCAUGAAGGUAAAGCGCAAGUUCUGUGUAAAUAAUAAACCGGAAAUUAAGAUUAAAAUCAUGAACCCAAUAACCUCAAGUUUACUUUGGAGGUGAGAUCUUAAAGGAACAUGUAUAUAUUUAGGUUUUUCCCAUUGUAAAUCAGAAAAAACAAAAUUCAAAAAACCCUCAAGUAAUGAUAUUAGGUGGUAAAUUAUUAAAUAUCGUAAACCUCAGAUGCCCAAAUAUAGAUCUGAAUGAAAUAACAUACAGGUUGCUGUCGGUCAAAAUAUUAGAAAACAAAUGUAAAAUGCGGAUUGUGGCCGAGUGGUUAGAGCAUCGCGCUCAAAAUCACACUGCCUCUCACCUCUGGUCGGCAUGGGUUCGAAUCUCGAUCGCGCCGGUAAGUGAGAAAGUUUCUCAGUUCACUUUCGGAAGGUCGGUGGUCUCUUCCCAGGUACAUUGUAUCUGGGUUCUCUCUUCCACCAAUAAAAAACUGGGCGCCACCAGAUAACUGAAAAAUUGUUGAGUGUGGCGGGAAAACAGCAAAACAAUUAAUCAAUCAAUCAAAAUUUUAUCACAGCAAUGAAGAUCGAGUUCUAUAUCGACAUUGUAUUUCUUCUUCGGUCUAUAAUGUGCUCUUCUGUGGUGCGAUAAAACCAUUGUUUGUCCUCUUCAACAUGUAAUUGUUCAGUAUUAUGCAACAUCAGGACAAGAUAUAUUUAAGAAAUUUCAUUUUUGGAAAUACAAAAGGACAUGAAUUUACGCCAGCUGAUGUGAAGCGUUGCUGUUCAUACCCUAGUGUACAUUUAAAAAUGAAUUUAAAUUUUAAUUUACAUCCUUUGUUUCUGUCGGAUAUACAUGUACCACAGUAUAUAUUCAUCAAGAUUCGUACGAACAUUAUCCACAGAUAAAUACGUAUGUAAAUACAUGUACAUCAAAUUAAACAAUAUAAAAAUUGAAACAAAUAUAUUUAUUUCUUUGUAACUCAAGUGUACAUUGAAAUGAUAUAAAGAAAAUCUGCCACCAUUUAAUGCAAUUGGAUCAUUCAAAAUAUCGCAUGCGCUGCGGUCGGAUUCAGCAGCAGCGAUUCCUAUAAAACCCGCCGCAGUGAUACACAUUUCACUUCUCUCAGGCCUGCUCUCUCGUGAUAUUAUGAGCGACUGAUCGAUCUAAUGACACGGAAUACUGAGCAAUUAACAGCUUCUGAAGACACUACAAAUUAAUUCCGUUUAUUAAACAAACUUCACAUGCAGGCUGAUUAAGAAUUGAUACAUUGAAAGAGUCUCUAUUCGUGUGGCGGAGCUUCGCGCGGAAAUUAAUUAACCCUGAAGUGAUGAUGGACUGCUUUAUUAACUAGUCUAGUAUACACAACUGCGGCGAGCGCUCACUACUCACUGUUCGGAGGCAUGGACCCAAACUACACAUUCCUUAAUUCCAGUUCGCUGGACGUUCGUUACCCAGAGGAGGAAUUUUCUCAACAUAUAUUUUGGAUUUAUACCCCCGCAAUUGUGUACACGGUACUUUUGAUGAUCUCGGGAUUUUUCGGUAACAGUCUCGUGUGGAUUAUUUAUUACUGGAAAUGGAAGCACAUGUCCUCUAGAAUAUUUAUUUUGUCUCUCGCUAUGUGUGACCUCAUCAAUUGUGUCAUCACCAUGCCGACGGAAAUCACCAUAAUGGUGGACAGUUCGUUGUUUCACCUGGGCUUUAUCUGUAAGCUGUCUCGGUUCACGACCUACAUGUGUAACUCCAUCUCCACCCUGGUACUCAUCGCAGUAGCCGUUGACCGCUACCAGAGAAUCUGUUGUCCUCAUCGACCAGUGAUGACGUCAUCCACGGCCCGCCACAUCGUCGUCUGGUUGAUUGUAGUGUCCUUGACAAUAACAUGGCCGGCCCUUGUUUUGUACGGCAAGCACACGGUCAGACUGUCUGCACACGGCAUCAACUUCUCGAUACUCACGUGCCAGAUUGAGGACUAUUAUGUGCCCACAAAGUACCCCCUAAUUUUGUUCGGUAUCCAUGGUGUCGGAACUUUGAUAACAUUCACGUCAUUCAUCAUUCUCUACACAUGCGUUGCAAUUGCCGUGCGACGUCAACUGAGUUUUCGUAAAAAGACAUCUUCCCGCCAAAUGUCACCGGAAAACAAUUGUAGAGAAACCAUUCUAACCGCUUCCUGUUGUGCCGCCGCCGAGCGAAGCGUUCGGACGACGGUCAUCCUCUCAGUGGUGACAUUCGCGUAUGUGUUGACGUUUUUACCGUUCCUUGUUAUCGCCAUACAUCGAACUCUGCACCCAAUGUUUUAUCAGAGUCUGAGUGAUCCCGCCAAGAUGGUGUAUCAGGUGUUUCUGCGGUCCUACCUCCUGAAUUGUUGUAUCAAUCCGAUCAUUUACUCAUUCUUAAACACCGAUUUCCGAAAACGAUGUGCGUGUCUGUUUAAAAAAGGAGUUUGUAAAUUUAUUUCAGGGAAUUAUGCAUUGUGAUCAACAUUUCUUUGAAUAUAGAUUAUUUUUUCAUCAAGGUAA